AGUGCACGGCAGCUUAGAAGCACCUCGUUUUACAGCCGGGCAGGCGUAUAAAUAGCCGGGCUGUGCUUUGUGUGCAGCUGGUGCUUUGCUGGGUUUGGCCAGAAGAGGGUAGGGUUGGGAAAGGAGCUCGCAGCCCUAUUGUGUUGGGAAACAGCAACGGGAAAACAAGCCCAAGUUUCUCCUCUGCACACUUGCGCCGGCUGGGUGCGAGAGUCAGCAGACAAACUCUGGAAGACCUUAAAGUAAAAAGAGAGCGGAAAGAGGGAACCCAAUUAAAAAGCAGCUUUCUAGGGAAGCCUGUGGCUCCGAAGAGGGAAACAGCAACAGUUUUCUGUGGGCUCACCCCGCCGAUGGUCUCCCCGAGAACUGUCAGUCACUUUGCAUUAAUCAGAGCACAGGAUUUAUUUCUCGGCCGUGACUUCCAACCUGUGAAUAAAUAGCACUUUAGAGAGAGAAUGGGACCUGAAAAGACUCUCGAGCACUGAGCAGAGGGGUGAGUUUUGCUGAAUGGUUUCUUCUCUUUCAAAUCUGCUGGAGCUUUCUAACCUCCUGCUUUCAGGCACGGCAGCCCGAUGACUUGUCUUUUCACCGCAGCUUGUUGCAUACCUCACCAGGCUUUCGUGACAGCAGGUUUGUUUCUCUAGCCUUUCCCACCACGACUCCAGGUCAGCCUGGUAACGUUUGCAACAGAGCUGACCUGGUGCCGAUCUGCUUUCAUGAGAAAUUAAACCCACAAAGCUUUGAAACCAAACAGCGGGCUAAAAAUAAGAUAAAAAUCCAAUACAAUUAAAAUGGCAGGUGACUCUCGGUUUCCAGAUGUGGACACUGACGUCUCAGAAAGGAAUGAAGAGACGGAGAUUGUAGUCAAUGUCGGUGGGGUGAGGCAGGUGUUCUACGGAGAUAACCUGAAUCAGUACCCAGAAACGCGGCUGGCAGAGCUGAUCAACUGCUUAUCGGGGGGAUACGACAGCAUAUUCUCCCUCUGCGAUGACUACGAUCCCGGAAAGAGGGAGUUUUACUUUGACAGAGAUCCAGAUGCUUUCAAAUGCAUUAUCGACGUGUACUACUUUGGGGAAAUUCACAUGAAGAAAGGAAUAUGCCCCAUCUGCUUCAAGAACGAGAUGGAGUUUUGGAAAGUGGAUCUGAAAUUUUUGGAUGACUGCUGCAAAACCCAUCUGAGUGAAAAAAAGGAGGAACUGGAGGAAAUAGCCCGAAGAGUGCAACUGAUUCUGGAUGACUUGGGAGUAGAUGCCUCCGAAAGUCGCUGGAAAAGAUGUCAAAAAUACAUCUGGAAAUUCUUGGAGAAGCCAGAGUCGUCCUACCCGGCUCGAGUGAUUGCUGUUCUGUCCUUUCUGUUUAUUUUGAUCUCCUCCGUCGUGAUGUGCGUGGGGACCAUCCCAGACAUGCAGGUCACAGAUGCAGAGGGGAAUCGCGUGGAGCACCCGACCCUGGACAGCAUAGAGACAGCCUGUAUAGGCUGGUUUACCAUGGAGUACGUGCUGAGGCUCAUCGCCUCGCCAAAUAAACUCCACUUCGCUCUGUCCUUCAUGAACAUAGUCGAUGUGCUGGCAAUACUCCCUUUCUAUGUCAGCCUCACCUUGACCCACCUGGGAGCCAAGCUGAUGGAGCUGAGCAACGUCCAGCAGGCUGUCCAGGCGCUGCGCAUCAUGAGGAUCGCGAGGAUUUUCAAGCUUGCACGGCACUCCUCGGGGCUCCAGACCCUGACCUAUGCUCUGAAACGCAGCUUUAAGGAGCUAGGACUGCUCCUCAUGUACUUGGCUGUCGGGAUCUUUGUCUUUUCUGCCCUGGGUUAUACCAUGGAGCAAAGUCAUCCCGAAACCUUAUUUAAAAGCAUCCCUCAGUCAUUUUGGUGGGCAAUCAUUACCAUGACCACGGUUGGAUACGGAGACAUAUACCCUAAAACAACACUAGGGAAACUGAAUGCUGCCAUCAGUUUUCUUUGUGGGGUGAUAGCCAUUGCCCUUCCCAUCCACCCCAUCAUUAACAACUUUGUCAGGUAUUACAACAAACAGAGGGUUUUAGAAACAGCUGCCAAGCACGAGUUGGAGCUGAUGGAGCUAAACUCGGCCGAGGGGAAAGCCGCAAGCUCCAAAAGCGAAUUUGAGGGUCUUGUGAGGGAGGGCAAGGAGGGUCCCUUUUAUAGCAGCCGGCUAAAAGUCUCCCACAGUGACACCUUUAUUCAUCUCCUGUCAGAAGACAAACACUAUAGGACCAGGCUUCAAAGCUGCAAAUAAACUGUGAGCUGUUGUCAGCGCUAAGCUCUGGACGGGGACAACCUGACGAUCAGCUACGGAAAGGACGCGAGGGAUCUGUCAGAGUUGGGAGGGAGCACUGCUUUGCUUUUCCAACGUGAACGCAAAUUAACCCCUGGUACCUCCAUCAGCAGUUGGUAAGACUUUGCUGUUAUUACCCCAAAUAAAAUAGUAGGGCUCCAUUGGAAUCAGGCUGCUUUAUGAUGAAUGCAUUCUGACAAAAACCAUUUGUAACCAUUUUAGAGACUGAAAAGUCCUUCCUGGCCGGUAAAUAUUCAAUGAUCUGAAUGUGCAGCAUUGCCAAACCAGAACUCUGUACCUAUAACAAUAAAGAACAUCACACCGAGCGUGUC